AUGCAUUGAAUCAAACAACGCUCAUCACUUCACUUGUUUUCGUUCUCUCUCUCUCUCUCAUGGCUACUAAGCAAGCCGAUUUGGUUAAUAAGCCUUCUUCUCUGCAGGUUGAGCCUGCUGCCUCUCCGCCGGAGUCUAGUCCUUUUCGGAAAAUCGUCGUCGUCGCUUCCAUUGCUGCCGGUGUUCAAUUCGGAUGGGCUCUUCAGCUCUCCUUGUUGACUCCUUAUGUACAGCUUCUCGGUAUUCCCCAUACCUGGGCUGCUUUUAUCUGGCUCUGUGGUCCCAUCUCUGGGAUGGUAGUUCAACCCAUCGUCGGAUACCACAGUGACCGCUGCACCUCCCGCUUCGGCCGCCGCCGCCCGUUCAUCGCUGCUGGUGCACUGGCGGUCGCCAUCGCUGUUUUCUUGAUCGGUUACGCCGCUGACAUGGGACACAUGUUCGGCGACUCGCCGGAGAAGAAAACGCGUCCGCGAGCCAUCGCGAUCUUCGUCGUCGGAUUCUGGAUCCUCGACGUGGCCAAUAACAUGCUUCAAGGCCCGUGCCGAGCUCUAUUGGCAGACCUCUCCGCCGGCGACCACCGGAAGAUGCGGACGGCGAACUCUUUCUUCUCGUUCUUCAUGGCCGUCGGGAACGUCCUCGGAUACGCCGCCGGAUCGUUCAGUAAGCUCUACCACAUGUUUCCGUUCACGAAAACGAAGGCCUGCGAUGUGUACUGCGCGAACCUGAAGAGCUGCUUCUUCCUCUCCAUCGCUCUUCUGCUCGUUCUCGCAACCGCCGCUCUCACCUACGUGAAGGAAAAGGCCCUUGAGAAAAAAACUGGCGGGAACGAGGGUGAAAAUGGUUCGGUGGGCGAGGGAUCAGGAGGCUUCCAGUGCUUCGGUCAAAUGUUCGGGGCGUUCCGUGAGCUCAAGAGGCCGAUGUGGAUUUUACUCCUGGUGACGUGUCUCAACUGGAUUGCUUGGUUCCCUUUCCUGUUGUUCGACACUGAUUGGAUGGGAAGGGAGGUGUACGGAGGAACGGUGGGGGAAGGUAAGGCGUACGAUAAGGGCGUGCGCGCGGGUGCAUUGGGUCUAAUGAUCAACUCGGUGGUGCUGGGCGUGGUGUCCUUGGGCUUGGAGGUGUUGGCGCGUGGGGUUGGGGGUGUGAAGAGGUUGUGGGGCAUCGUUAACUUCAUUCUCGCCAUAUGUUUGGCCAUGACGGUGCUGAUCACCAAGUUGGCCAAGCACUCGCGGCAGUUCGCCCCGGGGUCUACCGAUCCUCUGCCACCUUCCACCGGAAUUAAGGCCGGAGCGUUAACUCUCUUCGCGGUGCUCGGAAUUCCACUGGCGAUUACUUACAGUAUCCCUUUUGCACUAGCAUCCAUAUUCUCCAGCACUUCAGGCGCAGGCCAAGGGUUAUCUUUGGGAGUUCUGAAUCUGGCAAUUGUCAUCCCUCAGAUGUUUGUGUCUGUGGUGAGUGGGCCAUGGGACCAGGCGUUUGGUGGUGGAAACCUGCCGGCGUUUGUUGUGGGUGCUAUCUCUGCCGCAACCAGCGGUAUACUAUCAAUAGUCUUGUUGCCGUCUCCGCCACCGGACCUGGCAAAGACGAUGAGCACAGCUGGAGGCUUCCAUUAGAGAGAACAAUUAAUUACUUUUUUUUUCUUUUUUCUUUUUCCUUUUUCGGGGUUUUGUUUUUGCUUUUCUUUUUCUUUGUAGAUUGUGGGGUCCUAGGUCUUAAACAUGAUGAAGCCUCUCAUGCUGUGUCCAAGUCCAACAAAAGCUUGAAUUUAAAACUGCCAUGUUUGUGGCAGCACAGUGAAGGAUGACUCUAAAGAGUCAGGAUUUCAUUUUUAUUGUAAAGUUUGGUGAAGAAAAAUAUGUGUAAUUAGGAGGACUCCCAAAAGAGCCUUGUUUAUUUUUGAGGCAUUGGGUCCAUUUUGGGGGCGCUUUGUACUUGAAAUAGGGAUUAGGGAGACUGAGAGGAAAGCAAAAAAGGCAAAGGGCUUGAAACGAAAGGAUGAAUAAUGUACAGUGAAGGACUGCAGGUGUGGGGGCAGGCUGGUUUAGGUGAGCCGAGCCGAGCCGAGCCGAACAAGACUAGUGAACCGGUGCUUCCCACUUUUCUGCCUUCCAUCUUUGUUGCGGGCUCCUAAUAAAACAGUAUUUUCUCUCA